GAUCCAAUAAAAAGUUCAGUUUCUAUAAACCGAAAGACCAUCGUCUUCUCCCCUCUCUCUCUUCUCUCUCUCUUCUCUCUCACAUAAUUCAAGAAGCCAUGUCCAGCACCUCCACGGGCUCCACCCCUCCUCGCCAGGCUCUGAGCAAGAUUGCCUGUAAUCGAAUCCAGAAGGAGCUUGUGGAGUGGCAGGUUAACCCUCCACAUGGGUUCAAACAUAAAGUCACUGAUAAUCUCCAAAGAUGGGUAAUUGAUGUAAACGGUGCACCGGGGACUUUGUACGCAAACGAGACAUACCAGCUUCAGGUUGAUUUCCCUGAGCACUACCCUAUGGAAGCCCCACAGGUGAUUUUUGUACCUCCAGCUCCACUUCACGCGCACAUCUAUAGCAAUGGUCAUAUUUGUUUAGAUAUUUUAUAUGAUUCAUGGUCCCCAGCCAUGACUGUUAGUUCAAUCUGUAUCAGCAUUCUGUCCAUGUUGUCAAGCUCCACUGCCAAGCAACGUCCAGAGGACAAUGAUCGCUAUGUGAAGAACUGUAGAAAUGGAAGAUCUCCAAAGGAGACAAGAUGGUGGUUCCACGACGAUAAAGUAUAGCAAUAAGAACGUAACACCACAUUAUAUGUGGUGUUUGGGUCGAGAAAGGGUGUAACUUCGGUUUCCUUUGCAAAAAGGAGGAUUGUGAGUCUAACGAGAAAAGAUUUCCAUUUGCCUGACUGACAAUGGCUGGGGGAACAAAAAUAAACAUUUGAAAGUAGGUUUUGCUGUAAGGCGACUGCUCUCGCUGUACUUGUGUAAAUUAUUGGAGGAAUGUAUGAGAAUAAAAUAAGGCUAGUGAGUAAUAUAUUGAUAUGUACUACCAUUUUAUCGUUCAGUGUGAUAUAUGGUGAUGACUUUUUCCGGGUCCAAA